CGUGCAGCAAAAUACUAUUGAGGUGAUGGAAAGGAUGAUCAAUCAGAGGGAAGACAAACGUGAGAAGCUUAAGGAAUCAGCUGCAAAAUACCAGGCUCUGCUAAAGAAAGAGCAGCAGGAGAUACAGGAGGUGUUUGCUGCACUGAUGGAGGUGCUGGGGAAAGCAGAGGAGGUGCUGCUCGCUCCUCUGGAGGACGGGAGGAGGUGUUUAGAGAAAGAGAUGGAUGAAAAGACGCAACAAAUACAAAAAGACAUUCUCAAGUACAAGGAGGCCAUCGUGUUUUUGAAUCGCACCAAAAAUGAGGAAGACGACAUCCUCUUCAUCCAGUCCUACCCGGCCGUGCCAGCUGAGUUCACAGAUGACUGGACGCUUUCCAUUGACACUGAGUUAAACUUUGGCACAAUGAGAAACACAAAGGCAGAGUUAAUGGAUGAGAUUAAGACGCAUCUGGCUAAACUCUGCACUGUUGACAUUAGAAGGAUUCACAGCUUCUCAGUAAACGUGACUCUGGACGCAGAAACGGCGCAUCCGCACUUAGAGGUGUCCGCAGACGGUAAAAAUGUGCGCGACAGCGGAGCGAGUCACGACAUCCCGGGCGGCCCGCAACAGUUCGACCUGGUCGGAGGAGUCCUGGGAAAUCCUUGCAUCACUUCGGGAAGAGCUUUCUGGGUGGUGGAGGUGGGGAAUAAGGUGGGCUGGGAGCUGGGGGUGAUGAGGGACGGAGCGAACCGGAAGGGCAAAGUGUCCUACAAACCCAGCGAGGGUUACUGGGCCAUCAUGCUCUGCGCUCAAAACAUGUACGGAGCUUUUGAAGACCCUCCACUCCAGCUCCAUCUGGAGACCAAACCUCAGAAGCUGGGAGUGUUUGUGGACUGCGAGGAGGCUAUGGUCUCCUUCUAUGAUAUGGAGGCUCUGUCACAUAUUUACUCAUUCACUCGGUGCAGCUUUAAUGGAGCCAUCCGUCCGUACUUCAAUCCUCAUCCCAACAAAGACGGAACCAACUCAAGCCCGUUGGUCAUUUGUCCUGUCAAUCAAACCGACAUCUCUGUGUCAAAGUAAGGGCUGAUUUUAUGAGUUUGAAACUAUGAGGUGUGAGGAUAUUAAUAUUCAGUGAGAUUGACAUGAUUCCCUUUUGUUUGUGUCUUUGUUUUCUUCUUUAGUGUGAUAUUCUCUGUUGUACUGUGAACAAAUUUUGAGGUGAAAAUGAUGCAUUGUACAUAUAGAGAUAUUUAUAUAGCAUUUAGAAUUUGUAUAUAUUUUAAAGAAUAUUUUAAUGAACAGGGUGCUGUCCUUCUAACUGUAAUUUCUCUAAAUUUCUACUAAAAGUAAUUUUUAAAUGGUCUUUUUUUAUUCUUUAUAAUAAUAUGAUGUUUCUAUUUUAUU